CCGAAUGUCAAUGUUGGUCCUCCCCCCCGGUGAUGACGUACAUUCUCUGCGCCGAGCGGCUGUGCUCCUCCUGUCAGCUCUGCGAGCGGGAAAUAGAAAGCGCAGUGUAACACGGCGAUGAGGUGGGACCGGGUGCUGUAGACAUGUCGGUGGACGGAGGGAAGAGCUGUAGGAUGAAGAUUGUGAGCUGGAAUAUAAAUGGGAUUCGGGCAACUCGGGUGGGACUGAAAGAAAUCCUUGACUCGCUGGAUGCAGACAUUAUCUGCCUGCAGGAGACCAAAGUGACCAGGGAUCUGCUGGAUGAACCUACCGCCAUAAUAGAAGGCUACAAUUCCUACUUUAGCUUCAGUCGUGCACGGAGUGGAUAUUCAGGGGUUGCCACAUUCUGUAAGGACCGCGCAAUUCCACAUGCGGCAGAGGAGGGGCUAUCGGGGCAGCUCACCAGUCAGAAGGGAUCUGUCGGCUGCUAUGGCAACACAGAGGAGUUCUCGGAGGAGGAGCUGCUAUCUCUGGACCUAGAGGGAAGAACAGUCAUCACACAACACGGCAUCCUAACUUCUGAUAACAAAGAGGACAUGCUGACGGUGAUCAAUGUAUAUUGUCCACGGGCCGACCCUGAGAAGCCGGAGCGCAAGACCUACAAGUUGCGCUUUUACAGUUUGCUACAGAUACGGGCAGAAGCUAUUCUGAGAAAUGGCGGCCAUGUGAUUAUACUGGGAGAUGUGAACACCUCGCACAAGCCUGUUGACCACUGUGAUCCCGAUGAUCUGGAAGUGUUUGCAGAGAACCCAGGGCGUCAGUGGUUGGAUCAGUUCCUUGGUGUCCCGGCGGCAUCUAAAACAAGUGAUGUCAAUCCAUCCGAAGGAGGUCUUUUCCUUGAUACCUUCCGUUACUUCCACCCCACUCAGAAGAAUGCCUUCACCUGCUGGCACUCAGGAUCGAGGGCCCGACAGACCAAUUAUGGCACCCGCAUUGACUAUAUUCUGGGCGACCGGAGCCUGGUUGAGACAGAAUUUAUGGAUUCGGUUAUAAUGCCAGAGGUUGAAGGAUCUGACCAUUGUCCGGUGAAGGGGUUUAUGAAAUGCAGGCCAGUUGCAGCAGAUAGAUGUCCCCUUCUCUGUACUAAAUACCUCCCAGAGUUUGCAGGACGGCAGCAAAAACUCUCUCAGUUUUUUGUGGUAAAGAACAAAGAUUUUUCAGAUGGAGAGACCAUGGACCCGUCAAGUUCUCAGCCUUCAACUGAAGGGUCUGAGCAAGCUUCCACCCGGAAGAGGACACAAGAAAAACUUAAUGGAACCAUCAGAAAGAAGAACAAAGUGGACGGCAAGAGUGGGAAAGUCAAUCUCCUUGACUUUUUUAAGCCAGCGGCACUAAAGGCAACUGCUACACAGCCACAAACUAACACCGCUAAGCUGGAACCUGAAAAGGAGCUUCCCAAAGGUACAGAAGACCAUUUGCUUGCUUCUCAGAAAGCUAACCAACCACAAGCAGCCUUCUGGAAGACUUUGCUUAAAGGACCUCCACCUCCACCCAACUGUAAAGGCCACGGGGAACCUUGUGUUCUGCGGACAGUGAAGAAGGCCGGUCCUAACUGCGGACGCCAGUUCUAUGUGUGCGCCCGUCCUGACGGGCAUUCUUCCAAUCCGCAGGCCCGGUGCAACUUUUUCCUUUGGGUUAAUAAAAAGAAUGGAAUGGAUGGCUGACAAAGGAUUGUAGGUGCUGUAUUGUAGUACAACAUGGUGCUGUGUACCCAGUGUUAUGGGCCAAAUCAGGGGCUAGGCCUUCUCGUUCAUGGCAGCUUCCAGGGCCCCUUCUUAAUAAUAAGGUUUAACUGGAUAAGGCGUUCCAGAUAAGUAACUAUAACCAACUUCAAACUUUUAGGUAGAUUCACAAAGAGUUAGGCCGGCUUAUCAGUAGAUAAGCCGGCCUAACUCCGAAUCUACGCCG